GGAACAGGAGUUUUUGUGGAUGGCCCUGGUGCUGGGAAACAUAUUCAGGCCGGUGCAAAGAAAGUCAUUAUCACUGCUCCGGCAAAAGGUGCUGACAUUCCAACAUAUGUUGUUGGUGUUAAUGAAAAGGAUUACGGUCAUGAGGUUUCCAGCAUUGUAAGCAAUGCUUCGUGUACCACAAAUUGUCUGGCUCCUUUUGUGAAGGUCAUUGAUGAGGAAUUUGGCAUUGUCAAGGGAACAAUGACAACCACUCACUCCUACACUGGAGAUCAGAGGCUCUUGGAUGCUUCACACCGCGACUUGAGGAGAGCCAGGGCUGCAGCAUUGAACAUUGUGCCAACAAGCACUGGUGCAGCCAAGGCUGUGUCUCUGGUGCUGCCCCAGCUCAAAGGAAAGCUCAAUGGCAUUGCACUCCGUGUUCCAACACCUAAUGUAUCGGUCGUGGACCUGGUUGUGAAUGUUGAGAAGAAAGGUAUUACAGCAGAAGAUGUCAAUGCAGCCUUCAGAAAAGCAGCAGAAGGGCCAUUGAAAGGCAUAUUAGAUGUGUGUGAUGUUCCUCUUGUUUCGGCUGACUUCAGGUGCACCGAUGUUUCUUCCACCAUAGACUCUUCAUUGACCAUGGUCAUGGGAGAUGACAUGGUUAAGGUGGUUGCCUGGUACGACAAUGAAUGGGGUUACAGCCAAAGGGUUGUUGAUUUGGCUCAUUUGGUAGCCAGCAAAUGGCCAGGAGUAUCUCCAAAAGGAACUGGAGACCCAUUGGAAGAAUUCUGCGAGACAAACCCAGCAGAUGAAGAGUGCAAAGUUUAUGAAGCUUAGAUGAUGGAUGAUGAAUAAAAUUCUUUUUUUUUUUUUGGUUGAUUUAAUCUUAUUGAGACUCAGGUUUUUAAAUGCUUGAAAAAAUCAAAUGCUUAUCUUGUAAACACAGCUUAGAAGAGGAAUACAUUAUUGUCAAAUAGUGAUGUUAAUGCUUACUAUCCAUGUUAGCUGAGAUUUCACCAUGACUUAUAAA